AUGGCCCUCACCAAGAAGCAGCGCAACUGGACUUCGGAAGAGGAUCUGGCACUUCUCGUCCAAGUCGCCGCGGACUUGCCGUUCGCAGGUCACCAAGGCUUGGCAAACGUUAGCGGACACCCUGGUCGCCUGCAAUCACUUUGGGAGGCUCAUCGACGGCUGCAAGGGCGUGACGAGACACGAUUGAUCCAGCUCCUUCGUCCCUUCCUGAAAAAGGACAAGCUUCAGCGUGGUGCAUUCAAACACGUGGCCGAGAUAAUGCAGAUCCACCCACGGACAGUCUCGUACAUUUGGCUCAAGUUCCGCGACACGGGAUCCACGACGUCCAACAAGGUCGGCAAGGUUGGGCCGAAGCCAACAUACUCCAAGCAACUCGUCCAGCAACUCGUCGAGGAAGUACACGUCGAUCAGCGCUCAACCCUCCGUGACGUCGCCGCUGGCUCGGGCCUCACGAUGGGAACACUCAGUCGUCACCUCAAGAACGGAACGUUUGAACGGCGCUCGACUCGCAUCAAGCCGCUCCUCUCGGAUGUCAACAAGGCUGAACGCGAUCGACGGAAGGUGUACCUGGUUCCUGGCGAGAAGCCCCCGCGACGUGCCUGGAAGAGCAAGCGCUUUGUCCCCAAAGUGAUGUUCCUGGCGGCCGUCGCACGCCCACGCUACGACGAGGUCGGCGGCGUUCAAUCGCAAGAUCGGCAUGUGGCCGUUUGUUCGUUUUGUGCCUGUCAUCCGCAACUCGCGCAACCCACCGGCUGGUACUAUGGUGACGUGAUCCCUGCCAUCAAGGCUUCGUUCCCCAGUGCGAACAAGCGUGUGGUACUGCAACAUGACAAUGCAACGCCACAUGGGGCGAUCACGGACUCGGAGCUGGCGGCCGUGUCGACGGACGGCUUUUUCGCCUCGAUUCAGAGCCUGCAGUACAAGAAGAUGAGCCGCUCUGUCGAUGACGUGGUCCGCAACACCAUGGAGGCAUUCGAUGAACUUAAUCACGAGAAGUUGGACAAUGUGUUUCUGACCUUUCAGGCAGUGAUGCGUUUGAUUCUCGAGCACUCGGGUUGCAAUGGUUAUGCGUUGCCCCACCUGAAGAAGGAGUCAUUGAGACGCGCUGGUCUCCUGAUGUCCAAUGUGUCGUGUCCUGUGUCGCUGCUUCUGUAG